AGAGUGGCGCGUGAAUUUCAUGAAACCUGAGCUUAAUGUAAUUAUUGCAAAGAAAUAAAUAGAAUUCAAGCGGAAAAAGGACCAGGAGAUGGGAGUAAUUGACAAUCAGUAGUAGAGCGACUGUCAAUUCAAAACUUCAUCGUCGUCUUGUCCGUUCAAAACUUCCCCAUUCUUGAGGUUUCAGCCGACAAUCUGCUGGAAAUGCCGCCCGAUUCAACGACGCGGACCCGCAUGGGUAAACUUUGUGAAAUGUGUGGAGAUCCUGGUGUUCCCUCUUUGCUCCUAACUUGCCCUCAGUGCAAAUUAUCUUGUCAACAUUUUUACUGCUUGAAAACUUAUGGCAAGGGUGCCCCGAAUGUUUGGGUUUGUGAUGAAUGUGAAGCUGCAAGUAUGAUGCCACCAACGUCUGUAAAGGGAAACUUGCCUGAGGCAUUUAUGCCAAACUCUGAUAUGGUGGAGCAGGACAAUACAUGUUCAAAAGGUGGUAACAAAGUUCUCAAACGGGACAAGAUUGUUAAAACUGGGAAGGUUAUAUAUCUUCCUGCUCAAGAAGUGAUCAUGCUUUCUUCAAGAGCCAGCAAAAUUCAAACCCCUCCAAGAAGUAAUAUGUACUCAAGUGCAAGGCCAUCAAAUAUUGUGGGAUCUACACCUGCAAGGGUUCCUGUCAAGCCCAUGGCAGCACCACCUAAAUCCUUGCUACAGAAGGUCAAAGCAAAUCCUACUUCUCCACCUUCAAUACGUUUGCCUCCCUCACAUAUCCAAUUUCGGAUCAAUUCAGCAGAUCGGCAACAAAUAAUUCAAAGACAAAAGGAUCCCACAGAAAAGAAUGCCUCUCAAACUCCAAGGAAGAAACAUAUUCAUGUGGGACGGACUCAAGAUGCACCUGUGCCUUAUGGACGUGAAGAAAAUUUGGCUUCUAAACCAUCAUUUGCAUCCUCUACUGUGACUCCAUAUCCACUCAUAACAAAUUCAGGUGUUGAGGAUGGCAUUGUAAAAACCAAGAAUUCUCUUGCUGAGAAUGAUGACCAAACAGAUAUUCAGCCUAAUGCUCAGAAAUGCUUCCUACCUGCACUAGAUUCAUCUUGGAAAGGAAGCUUCGAAAUUUUUGACUCCGUCAGCCUUAAUGAACUCAAUUAUUGUUUUGAGGCUCAUCCUCCAUCUAAAGUUCGUCGUAAAGUUUAUGAGUUCUCAAAAAGAAUGCCUAAAGCUCUCCAAUUUAAACUGCUUCCCCGUUACGAUAUCUGGGCUGAUAUAUUUCAGGAUGAGUGCCCUCACGAGGAUGAUAUAGGACUGUACUUUUUCUCUAGUGGUGCUCAGAGAUCUGCCAACUAUAUCUUCCUAUCAGAGUUAAUGGAGGCCAAAGACCUGGUGAUGAAAAGUUAUAUGUAUGGAGUGGAGUUAUGGGUCUUUCCUUCAAAACUUCUGCCUGCUAAAUCUCAGAGAUGGAACGAGGAAUAUUUUCUCUGGGGAAUCUUCCGAUGUAUCAAAAAGGAUGAGGCUGCAUAUAAGCUUAAUGAGGAACUCCCUCGUUUAGUCCAGCCUUCAGAUUGUACACCAGACAAUCAGGCUGGUAGGAGUGGGGAGAUGUCUGGGUUGAAGGAAAACGAUAUGGAUUGUUCUGCUCCGUUGCCCCUCCCAGAAGCUGAGAAACAACGUAUUCAGGACUUCCCUCCAGGCUUUGAGACGAUUUAUAGGCUGAAGCAGAUCCAGAAAAUGCUUAGAAGAUGAUUCUCUCCUCUGUCCUGGAAGCAAAACUAAGUUACAGUAAAGAAAUUGUGAAGCUGUGUAGCUAUUCUAUGAAGUUAACAAACAAAAAAAGUUAAAAAAGUCAUGUUGCGUAGAGAGCUGAUGCAUAUUUUGGGUUGGUUUUGUGUAAUUUUUCUCUGGAAUUGCUGUGUCAGGUAGUCAAAUUUACCUGGGAUAUUUGAUGAAGGUAUUUUGUGUCUUCUAAUUAUGAUCUUUCAGCUUUUCAAAUUAGCUUUAUCUA